AUGGGUUUAAAUGCAGAUUUUAAUUCUAAUUCAUCUGUAGUGGAUCCCCAAGACAUUGGUGAGCAACCUGCAAACAACCAAGGCCAGCCCACCCUUCCGCCUCUGCCACCACCCCAUAAGCAGCACCCCGCACAGCACCAUCCGUCCAUCACUUCUCUCAACAGAAACUCCCUGACCAAUAGAAGGAACCAGAGUCCGGCCCCGCCGGCUGCUUUGCCCGCCGAGCUGCAAACCACACCCGAGUCCGUCCAGCUGCAGGACAGCUGGGUCCUUGGCAGUAAUGUACCACUGGAAAGCAGGCAUUUCCUAUUCAAAACAGGAACAGGGACAACGCCACUGUUCAGCACUGCAACCCCAGGAUACACAAUGGCAUCUGGCUCUGUUUAUUCGCCGCCUACUCGGCCACUACCUAGAAACACCCUGUCAAGAAGUGCUUUUAAAUUCAAGAAGUCUUCAAAGUACUGUAGCUGGAAAUGCACCGCCCUGUGUGCUGUAGGGGUCUCCGUGCUCCUGGCAAUCCUCCUAUCGUAUUUUAUAGCGAUGCAUCUCUUUGGCCUCAACUGGCAGCUGCAGCAGCCCGAAAACGACACAUUUGAGAACGGAAAAGUGAAUUCUGAGGCCGCACCAACAAACACUGUGUCAUUACCUUCUGGCGAAAAUGGAAAAUUAGGUGGAUUUACACAAGAAAAUAACACCAUAGAUUCUGGAGAACUUGAUAUUGGCCGAAGGGCAAUUCAAGAGGUUCCUCCUGGGAUUUUCUGGAGAUCACAGCUCUUUAUUGACCAGCCACAGUUUCUGAAAUUCAAUAUCUCUCUUCAGAAGGAUGCAUUGAUUGGAGUAUAUGGCCGAAAAGGCUUACCACCUUCCCAUACUCAGUAUGACUUUGUUGAGCUCCUGGACGGCAGCAGAUUGAUUGCAAGAGAGCAGCGGAACCUGCUUGAGCCCGAAAGAGCAGGGAGACAGGCGAGAUCCGUCAGUCUGCACGAGGCUGGCUUUAUCCAGUACUUGGAUUCUGGAAUCUGGCAUCUGGCUUUUUACAAUGAUGGGAAAAAUACGGAGCAGGUGUCUUUUAAUACCAUCGUCAUAGAGUCUGUGGUGGAAUGCCCCCGCAAUUGCCAUGGAAAUGGAGAGUGUGUUUCUGGAACUUGCCAUUGUUUUCCAGGAUUUUUAGGUCCGGAUUGUUCAAGAGCAGCCUGUCCGGUGUUGUGCAGCGGCAACGGACAGUACUCCAAAGGCCGCUGCCUCUGUUUCAGCGGCUGGAAGGGCACCGAGUGCGAUGUGCCCACUACGCAGUGCAUUGACCCUCAGUGCGGGGGGCGUGGGAUUUGCAUCAUGGGCUCUUGCGCCUGCAACUCGGGAUACAAAGGAGAGAAUUGCGAAGAAGCUGACUGUCUAGACCCUGGAUGUUCCAAUCACGGCGUGUGUAUCCAUGGGGAAUGUCACUGCAAUCCAGGAUGGGGUGGUAACAAUUGUGAAAUACUGAAGACCAUGUGUCCAGACCAGUGCUCUGGUCACGGGACGUAUCUUCAAGAAAGUGGCUCCUGCACCUGUGACCCUAAUUGGACUGGCCCAGACUGCUCAAAUGAAAUCUGUUCCGUGGACUGCGGCUCGCACGGGGUGUGCAUGGGGGGCACCUGUCGCUGUGAAGAGGGCUGGACGGGCGCAGCCUGCAGUCAGAGAGCCUGCCACCCGCGCUGCGCCGAGCACGGCACGUGCAAGGAUGGCAAGUGCGAAUGCAGCCAGGGCUGGAACGGCGAGCACUGCACCAUCGAGGGUUGUCCUGGUCUGUGCAACAGUAAUGGGAGAUGCACGCUGGACCAAAACGGCUGGCAUUGUGUCUGCCAGCCAGGGUGGAGAGGAGCGGGAUGUGACGUGGCCAUGGAGACUCUCUGCACAGACAGUAAGGACAACGAAGGAGAUGGGCUCGUUGACUGUAUGGAUCCUGAUUGCUGUUUACAGAGUUCCUGCCAAAACCAGCCUUACUGCCAUGGACUGCCUGACCCUCAGGAUGUCAUCAGCCAAAGCUUACAGUCCCCCCCGCAGCAGGCCGCCAAGUCCUUCUAUGAUCGAAUCAGCUUUCUCAUAGGGUCUGACAGCACCCAUGUCCUACCUGGAGAAAGUCCUUUCAAUAAGAGCCUUGCAUCCGUCAUCAGAGGCCAAGUACUAACUGCUGAUGGAACUCCUCUCAUUGGAGUAAAUGUCUCGUUUUUCCAUUACCCAGAAUAUGGAUAUACUAUUACCCGCCAGGAUGGAAUGUUUGACCUGGUGGCAAAUGGAGGGGCUUCCCUGACUUUGGUAUUUGAACGAUCCCCAUUCCUCACUCAGUAUCAUACGGUGUGGAUUCCGUGGAAUGUCUUUUAUGUGAUGGAUACCCUAGUCAUGAAGAAGGAAGAGAAUGACAUUCCCAGCUGUGAUCUGAGUGGAUUUGUGAGGCCAAAUCCUAUCAUCGUGUCCUCUCCUUUAUCCACCUUUUUCAGAUCAUCUCCUGAAGACAGCCCUAUUAUUCCCGAAACACAGGUACUCCAUGAAGAAACUACAAUUCCAGGAACAGAUCUGAAACUUUCCUACUUGAGUUCCAGAGCUGCAGGCUAUAAGUCAGUUCUCAAGAUCACCAUGACCCAGUCUGUUAUACCAUUUAAUUUAAUGAAGGUUCACCUCAUGGUGGCUGUCGUCGGAAGACUCUUCCAGAAGUGGUUUCCUGCCUCACCAAACUUGGCCUAUACUUUUAUAUGGGAUAAAACAGAUGCGUAUAAUCAAAAGGUCUAUGGUCUAUCUGAAGCUGUUGUUUCAGUUGGAUAUGAAUACGAGUCAUGUCUGGACUUGACUCUGUGGGAAAAGAGGACCGCCAUUUUACAAGGCUAUGAAUUAGACGCUUCCAACAUGGGUGGUUGGACAUUAGAUAAACAUCAUGUGUUGGACGUUCAGAAUGGUAUACUGUACAAGGGAAAUGGGGAGAACCAGUUUAUCUCCCAACAGCCUCCGGUCGUCAGUAGCAUCAUGGGCAACGGCCGCAGGCGCAGCAUCUCAUGCCCGAGCUGCAAUGGUCAAGCCGAUGGCAAUAAGCUAUUGGCUCCAGUCGCGUUAGCUUGUGGGAUCGAUGGCAGUCUGUAUGUAGGGGAUUUCAACUACGUUCGCCGAAUAUUCCCUUCUGGAAACGUAACAAGCGUUUUGGAACUCAGAAAUAAAGAUUUUAGACAUAGCAGCAACCCAGCUCAUAGAUACUACCUUGCGACUGAUCCCGUCACAGGAAAUCUGUAUGUUUCUGACACUAACACCCGCAGAAUUUAUCGCCCAAAGUCACUGACGGGUACAAAAGAUUUGACUAAAAAUGCUGAAGUGGUUGCAGGGACGGGGGAGCAGUGCCUUCCAUUUGAUGAAGCCAGAUGUGGAGAUGGAGGGAAGGCUGUGGAGGCGACACUCAUGAGUCCCAAAGGAAUGGCAAUUGAUAAGAACGGAUUAAUCUACUUUGUUGAUGGAACCAUGAUCAGAAAAGUUGAUCAAAACGGGAUCAUAUCAACUCUCCUGGGCUCUAACGAUCUGACUUCAGCCAGACCCUUAACUUGUGACACCAGCAUGCACAUCAGCCAGGUACGUCUGGAAUGGCCCACUGACCUCGCCAUUAACCCCAUGGAUAACUCCAUUUACGUCCUGGAUAAUAACGUAGUUCUGCAGAUCACUGAGAAUCGCCAAGUGCGCAUUGCUGCGGGACGGCCCAUGCACUGCCAGGUUCCAGGCGUGGAAUAUUCUGUGGGGAAGCACGCGGUUCAGACAACUCUGGAAUCGGCGACCGCCAUCGCAGUGUCGUACAGUGGGGUCCUGUACAUUACUGAAACCGAUGAGAAGAAGAUUAACCGAAUCCGGCAGGUCACCACAGACGGGGAGAUCUCCCUGGUGGCGGGAAUACCUUCAGAGUGUGACUGCAAAAACGACGCCAACUGUGACUGUUACCAGAGUGGAGAUGGCUACGCCAAAGACGCCAAGCUCAGCGCGCCGUCCUCCCUGGCCGCUUCCCCGGAUGGCACCCUGUAUAUCGCGGACCUGGGGAAUAUCCGGAUCCGGGCCGUGUCCAAGAACAAGCCUUUCCUUAACUCCAUGAACUUUUAUGAAGUUGCCUCCCCAACUGACCAGGAACUCUAUAUCUUUGACAUCAAUGGCACCCACCAGUAUACUGUAAGUUUGGUCACUGGUGAUUACCUGUACAAUUUUAGCUACAGCAACGAUAACGAUAUUACUGCUGUGACAGACAGCAAUGGCAACACCCUCAGGAUUAGACGGGACCCGAAUCGGAUGCCAGUUCGGGUGGUGUCUCCAGAUAACCAAGUGAUAUGGUUGACGAUAGGAACCAAUGGAUGUUUGAAAAGCAUGACUGCCCAAGGACUAGAAUUAGUUUUGUUUACGUACCAUGGCAACAGUGGCCUGUUAGCCACAAAAAGUGAUGAAACUGGAUGGACAACGUUUUUUGACUAUGACAGCGAAGGUCGCCUGACCAAUGUUACCUUUCCAACGGGAGUGGUCACAAACCUCCAUGGAGACAUGGACAAGGCCAUCACGGUGGACAUUGAGUCAUCCAGCCGCGAAGAAGAUGUCAGCAUCACCUCAAAUCUGUCUUCAAUCGACUCCUUCUACACCAUGGUUCAAGAUCAGUUACGCAACAGCUACCAGAUCGGGUACGACGGCUCCCUUCGAAUCAUCUACGCCAGCGGCCUGGAUUCGCAUUACCAGACGGAGCCGCAUGUCCUGGCCGGCACGGCGAAUCCCACCGUUGCCAAGAGAAACAUGAGCCUUCCCGGAGAAAACGGGCAAAAUUUGGUGGAGUGGAGGUUCCGAAAAGAGCAAGCCCAAGGAAGAGUCAACGUCUUUGGUCGAAAGCUUAGGGUUAAUGGCAGAAACCUCCUUUCCGUUGACUUUGAUCGAACAACAAAGACAGAAAAGAUCUAUGAUGACCACCGUAAAUUCCUGCUGAGGAUCGCCUACGACACGUCGGGACACCCAACUCUGUGGUUGCCCAGCAGCAAGCUGAUGGCCGUCAACGUCACCUACUCAUCCACCGGUCAAAUUGCCAGCGUCCAGCGGGGAACCACUAGCGAGAAAGUGGAUUAUGACGGCCAGGGGAGGAUCGUGUCUCGGGUCUUCGCUGACGGCAAAACGUGGAGUUACACCUACUUAGAAAAGUCCAUGGUUCUCCUGCUCCACAGCCAGAGGCAGUACAUCUUCGAAUAUGACAUGUGGGACCGGCUGUCGGCCAUCACCAUGCCGAGCGUGGCUCGCCACACCAUGCAGACCAUCCGGUCCAUUGGCUACUACCGCAACAUAUACAACCCCCCAGAAAGCAACGCCUCCGUCAUCACGGACUACAAUGAGGAAGGGCUCCUUCUGCAAACGGCCUUCCUGGGUACGAGUCGGAGGGUCUUGUUCAAGUACAGAAGGCAGACCAGGCUCUCGGAAAUUUUGUAUGAUAGCACGAGAGUCAGCUUUACCUACGAUGAAACGGCGGGCGUCCUGAAAACCGUAAACCUCCAGAGUGAUGGUUUUAUUUGCACCAUUAGAUACAGGCAGAUUGGUCCCCUGAUUGACAGGCAGAUUUUCCGCUUCAGCGAAGACGGGAUGGUAAAUGCGAGAUUUGACUACAGCUAUGACAACAGCUUUCGAGUGACCAGCAUGCAGGGUGUCAUCAACGAGACGCCACUGCCCAUUGAUCUCUAUCAGUUUGAUGACAUUUCUGGCAAAGUUGAGCAGUUCGGAAAAUUUGGAGUUAUAUAUUACGACAUUAACCAGAUCAUCUCCACGGCCGUAAUGACGUACACAAAGCACUUUGACGCCCACGGCCGCAUCAAGGAAAUUCAGUAUGAGAUAUUCAGAUCCCUCAUGUACUGGAUUACGAUUCAAUACGAUAACAUGGGCCGGGUAACCAAAAGAGAAAUUAAAAUAGGGCCCUUUGCCAACACUACCAAAUACGCUUACGAAUACGACGUUGAUGGGCAGCUCCAGACGGUUUAUCUGAAUGAAAAGAUCAUGUGGCGUUACAACUAUGACCUGAACGGAAACCUCCAUCUGCUGAACCCGAGCAGCAGUGCGCGUCUGACGCCUCUUCGCUAUGACCUGCGAGACAGAAUCACUCGACUGGGGGAUGUUCAGUACCGGCUGGAUGAAGAUGGGUUCCUGCGUCAGCGAGGCACAGAGAUCUUCGAGUACAGCUCCAAGGGGCUUCUGACUCGCGUUUACAGCAAAGGCAGCGGCUGGACUGUGAUCUAUCGUUACGAUGGCCUGGGAAGGCGUGUAUCUAGCAAAACCAGUCUGGGACAGCACCUGCAGUUUUUUUAUGCGGACUUAACCUAUCCCACUAGGAUUACUCACGUCUACAACCAUUCCAGCUCAGAAAUCACUUCUCUCUAUUACGAUCUCCAAGGACAUCUUUUUGCCAUGGAAAUCAGCAGUGGGGAUGAAUUCUACAUUGCGUCAGAUAACACAGGGACACCCUUGGCCGUUUUCAGUAGCAAUGGGCUUAUGCUAAAACAGAUUCAGUAUACUGCAUAUGGUGAAAUCUAUUUUGAUUCCAAUAUUGACUUUCAGCUGGUAAUUGGAUUUCAUGGUGGCUUAUAUGACCCACUCACAAAAUUAAUCCACUUUGGGGAAAGAGAUUAUGAUAUUUUGGCAGGACGAUGGACGACGCCUGACAUAGAAAUCUGGAAGAGAAUUGGGAAGGACCCAGCUCCUUUUAACCUCUACAUGUUUAGGAAUAAUAACCCUGCAAGCAAAAUCCAUGAUGUGAAAGAUUACAUCACAGAUGUUAACAGCUGGCUGGUGACAUUUGGCUUCCAUUUGCACAAUGCUAUUCCGGGAUUCCCCGUUCCCAAAUUUGAUUUAACGGAGCCUUCUUACGAACUUGUGAAGAGUCAGCAGUGGGAGGAUGUGCCGCCCAUUUUCGGAGUUCAGCAACAAGUGGCGAGGCAGGCCAAGGCCUUCCUGUCCCUGGGGAAGAUGGCAGAGGUCCAGGUGAGCAGGCGCAAGGGCGGCGGCGCGCCCUCGUGGCUGUGGUUCGCCACGGUCAAGUCGCUGAUCGGCAAGGGCGUCAUGCUGGCCGUCAGCCAGGGCCGCGUGCAGACCAACGUGCUCAACAUCGCCAACGAGGACUGCAUCAAGGUGGCGGCCGUGCUCAACAACGCCUUCUACCUGGAGAACCUGCACUUCACCAUCGAGGGCAAGGACACGCACUACUUCAUCAAGACCACCACGCCCGAGAGCGACCUGGGCACGCUGCGGCUGACGAGCGGCCGCAAGGCCCUGGAGAACGGCAUCAACGUGACCGUGUCGCAGUCCACGACCGUGGUCAACGGCAGGACUCGCAGGUUCGCCGACGUGGAGAUGCAGUUCGGCGCGCUGGCGCUGCACGUGCGCUACGGCAUGACCCUGGACGAGGAGAAGGCGCGCAUCCUGGAGCAGGCGCGGCAGCGCGCGCUCGCCCGGGCCUGGGCGCGCGAGCAGCAGCGCGUGCGCGACGGCGAGGAGGGCGCGCGCCUCUGGACGGAGGGCGAGAAGCGGCAGCUGCUGAGCGCCGGCAAGGUGCAGGGCUACGACGGGUACUACGUACUCUCGGUGGAGCAGUACCCCGAGCUGGCCGACAGCGCCAACAACAUCCAGUUCCUCCGACAAAGCGAGAUCGGCAAGAGGUAACCCCCCGGGCCCGGCUGCCGGGGACGGACGGCGGCCACCCCCGCGCUGGGAGGCGGACCCAGCGGGUGUCGCUGCGUUUCUCUUGAGCCUACACCGCACCUCUGCUCGGAUUUUUCUGUAGCACAAUCCGAAUCGGACUCUCCGACACAGAAGAGCCUUCCAGGAGAAUGAUACUGCUAUUAAAAAAAAAAAAAAAAAAA